AUGCUGGUGGCAAGGGGAAGGGAGAGGCUUCAUGCGUGGGACAAAAGUUUCAGCAAGGAGGAGGACAUGGUUGAAAUGGAAGGAGCGGACAAUGACAGGCAUGAGCGGCAGAACAUUCAUCAAGUCCCAGCGCAGAGAGUAGAAAUCAUCCUUCCCAAAAAUUCUGUAUGUCAGGGGACUCAGAAUGUGAAGGGACGAGGCUUCGAUGGAACUUGGUCAAGCACAAAUGAUGAGCAUGGGGGAAAUCAUUCGAGCGAAAAGAAUAUUGUUUCGGUUGGAGAAAGCUUGAAUUCUACAGCAGAACAAGGUGCCUCAUCUAUCAUACUCGAAAAGCAUGGUGUUUUCGCAUCUCCAGAGGAUCGCCGAGAACCAGAAAGGGAAAUGAGCGAAUCUGAAAAGAAAUGGAGAAGGAGGUGGGAAGAGAAAAUGAUUGAAAUGAGACAGAGGAUACGAAAGCGGGAAGAAUCACAUAGCUCUUCGUCCAGCAACUCUCAAUUGAAGAAGCAAGGAUCUUCCUUAGAGCAUGUCCCUAAUACGGACGCUCUUGCCUUGUCCCAUUUGCAGGAGUCAGCGAUUGUGGAUCACCUUCAAGGUUCGAGCUUUGAUGACGUGCAAAGCAUUUCCACGCAUGAAUCCAGCCGAGAGGAGCGAAACCUCUCCUGGUUGAUGCAGUGCAGAACUCCUGAGCGGAAGAAGCAGCAGGUACAGGCGUCGGAACAAGCACAUCUAUCAACCAUAGACAGCGAGGCUCGGGAGGACGAAGGGUCAGCAUCGAAGGCUCUCAAUGGAACUUCUCUCCAACACUCGCAUCACCACAUGGCGAAUGACUUUGUCUACGGGCACAACACGAUACUGAACGGCACUCCAGCUUCCAUGAAGCUCGAGCAUGAAAACUCAUCGAUGCAAAAACAGCUGCAAAGGGUUUCGUCUGCAUUAGAAGAAGAAGUGAAGAGAAGGGAAAAGGCAGAAAGAUCAGAAGAUAGUGUUUUACAAUCUUGGAAAUCUCACUGCAUUCAAAACGAGCGCCUCAAGAAGAACUAUGAUGAUACCAAGGAAAAAUUAGAACAGAUGCAAGCUGAACUGACCAACAUGAAACUUUCACUUGCUCAACAAUCCAAGGGGCGAAAGGAGUUUGAUGCAGCUGGACGGGAAUCGCGUGCAAGUCAAUUGAGUUCAAGACUGAUUGUAGAUGUCAAGACGUGGGCAGCGACUGACUCCUGCACUGCUCCUGUUUCAGUCCGCAAGGAGCUCGAGCGGACCAAGAGAUGGCUGGAGGAAUCCAAACUUCGUGAGAGGUUGGGCAACGAAAUGAUCGUCGACUUGAGGCACCAACUCCGAGACCUCCAGCUAGAUCAGAACUUGAAGGACGAGACCUACCAACUCCGAGACUUUCAGCUAGAUCAGAACUUGAAGGACAAGACCUACCAACUCCGAGACUUUCAGCUAGAUCAGAACUUGAAGGACAAGACCUCAGAGCUACAGGCGUACCUGAUGCCCAAUCAGACCUCGAGGUCAAGUUUGACCCGUGCGGAAAAGUCGCAGUCAACCUCCGAUUCCUCCAGCUCCGACGAUCCUGCCCACUGGGCCUCAAGCUCCCCUGGCAGGGAGUUUUCCAGAAGCCAUGACUCGUCGAGCCUGAACGGGCCUGCCAACGGUCGUCACGACCUGCCCGCAAUGACGCCGACACGAUCGUUGGAGAAGAACAAGGGGGCUGAACACGGGAAAGAGAGCUCCUCGUCGAAGCCCAAGAGCAAGCAUCGAGACCUUGAGAGUCUCCGCAAGGCGAGAAAAGAGUUUGAAGCCAUCGCCGCCAAGUACCUUCCACAAUAA